AUGUAUAAAAGAUGUAGUAUUGUUGGAAAUGGAGGUAUUCUAAAAGACAGUGGCUGUGGAGAAGAAAUCGACAGAGCUGAUUACGUGCUCAGGGCAAAUCUUCCUUCUAUUAGAAACUUUACUGAUGACGCAGGAAAGAAAACAAACUUUACCACUUUCAAUCCAAGUAUGAUUAGCCGCAGGUACAAUUACGAUAGAACAGCAUUUAAUAAAGAUUUGAAUGAAUACCAAGGCAUUCUAAUGUUCAGUGGAACUAGAAAUUACACAGAUUUCCAUGCUCACGUGAAACAGAAUACCACGUUAAAUGUUUUUCUACUCGAUUAUACGUACUUGUAUUCACUGAAAGAACUUUGGAAAUUCAAUAAGAGUGUAUCUUCAGGGUUGAUGUUGUUCAGUUUAGCGCUUACACACUGCGAAGAAAUGCAUCUGUUUGGUUUCUGGCCGUUUGAUACUGAUGAAAAGGAUGAGGUUCUUAUCUUCGUCUCUUUGAAAGAGCCUGUAGCAGAUCAAAUUAUACCAAUUCUUCUAGCUAAAUCUUGGGUGAAAAAUCAUUUCUGGUAA